AUGAUAGUUAACAAAAUAGUAAGUAGAAUCUCCUUUAGGGGUUCUAAGUUCUUGGUUAAGAAUAAUAGGUUUGUUAGAUUUAAUUCUUCAAAUACAAAAGAUAUUGUUCUUCAAAAAUACAGAGACAAAUUAAAUGAGAAGGCUAAUGCUUUAGGAUUGAAAGAUGUUGACGACUUAAAAGAGAAAUUGAAAGAUGAUAUUGAAAAGAAGAAGAAGGAAUUUAGCGCUAUUGAUCCAUUGAAAGAGUUAGAAGAAUAUGAAAGAAGACAGGCUUUAGAAAUUCUGAAAAAUGAUGAUAAAACAAUUAAAGUAAGAUCUCCCAUUGACAAAAAUAAACCACAGGCACCAUAUAAAGUUUUAGAUUCUUUUGUGGAUGUUGAAAAAUUGAAGGAUUUACCGUUGAAGGAAUUGGAGUUCAUUUGGAGAGCCAGAUUUCAGAACAUUGAACGUACCAUGGUGGCCGUUUUGAAUAACUUGCAAUUCGCUUCAAUGUAUGCGAACGCAUUCAAAAACCCAAGCUUUAUCUUACCAUUAGCUAAGAAUGAGGAUGGCUAUGAAAUGCACUUUGUUCAAUGGUCCUUUAUUGGUCCAAAAACCACACAUUGUAUGUUAACCACUGUUGCUGAAUACAAGUUACACAAGGAAUACGCCAAGCCUCAUACCACUUUAAUGUUCCAUCAGGAGUUGAGUAAUUCUAAAGAUGUGGUUCUCAUGAAUGGUCAAGUCGAAGAGGAAUCAUCCUUAACCAUGGAUGAAGCUCAGUUGUUAGUUUUGAACGUUCAACGUUUCUACGGAGGAAUUGCCAGCGCUAAAGGAAAUGAAAAGAAACUAGCUUUAUUGAGAGAUUUCACAAGUGGUAAUGCUGAUUUCAACAUGGAGGAAUUAAUCGCUGAAGCAGCUUCUAUAGAUUAG